GGGGGAGUAGCCUUUUUAUAGAUGACACUCACAGAGGCUCAGAAUCUCUUCAGACUUUCGUAAUCCUGAACGAGACUGGAGGAAAUUUUCAAUGUGAACAACCCUGCCUUAAUAUUUUCCAAUCCAUUGGACACGGUAUAACUAAAGGCUUUGUGUUCUUGCUCCUCUCCCUGUUUAUUUGUGAGGCACAGAUGGACAAGCAGCUGAUGCAGGAGGCAGUUCCACGCACAGCACACUUAACCGAGGACCCAGAGGCAUCUUGAAAUAGAAAUUCAAAAGAGGAGGAGGAGGAGAGAAAGGAAGGGGGGUUUUAAGGGAGAGCAUUGGUAUGCCAGGUUCAGUACAUAGCAUGGCUGUGCAGAAGAAACAGUGUGUCAUCCCUCCAUCGCAGGGACCUCUUUCUACACGUACCAUCGAAAGCCAAAGGAAGAGAAACAGAUAUGAAAAAACAGAAGAAAAUGGCUUGUAUCACAAACCGAUUUCAGCAACAGUGAAGAAAGCAACCUGUUCUGUCAACAUCUGCAACACAGUUACUCCCCGGGCUGCUGCAGGUAAUGGACAAAAUGUUGACGAGAGGCUGAAAGCCGCACGAGAAAGAAGAGAAGAGCACCAGAAGCUACUUGCCUCUCGGGAACUGAGCAGGUUAGAGCGGGAGCAGCGGGCUAGGCUUUACUAUGAACAACAACUGCAGGAGCGCAAGAAGAAACUCCUGGAGCAGAGGCUCAAAGAGGAGAGGAGGCGUGCUGCUGUGGAAGAGAAGCGGAAGCAGAGGCUCAAAGAGGAGAGAGAACGAUAUGAAUCUGCAGUGCGUAGGACACUCGAGAAGAGCCAAAAGGUCCAGCAGAACCUCAGUCAAAAUGCAAGAGGAAGGAAACUCACUAAAAAUGUUCCACAUCGCUUGCCACUGACCACAUGGGAGAAGAACCUGGUCAGUCGUCUCCUUACCCCCACAUGCUCUUAUCUGGCCAGGAGCAAGAGUGCUGGUUGUCAGUCAGGAGAACAAGUUUCAUUCCACUCCAUGAAUACCACCACCACCACCACCACCACUCACAAACCCCGGCAUCACUCUGGUUCAGUCCACAACAGGCCAUCUGCUUCCUCUGGUUCUCGCAACAGCCAGCACAGAAGCAUCAGUGUGGCACAGAUAAAAGCAGCAAAGCAGCAAAACAUUGUUAAGAGGACCUCGAGUACUGGCUCUAAUGUUCAAUCAAAUACCAUCAGCGUCUGUGUAAAAUCAGCUGUGAUGCAGAGCAGAACAUCCUCUCCGUCAUCAGAACGGACCUCACAAAGAUCAGUCAUCAAACAGCCAACCCCGCUCCAGCCUGAGCUCCCAUCAGUCCCUGAGGAAGAUGCUGCUGUUUGCAACUCUGCCCUCUCUCCUGCUAACUUCAGGCCUGUCAGGACAUCAGUUGAAUCUCAGCAAGAGAAACUGAGGGGUAAAAAUCCACAGGAGACUCCAAGUUCAAACCUGCCUGACAAAGACAAAGUGACAUCAAACAGAACAGCAGGAGAUGGAGGUCUCUCCAAAAUGCCUCCUUGUCCAGCUCCACAGACUCCUGAAGUCAUGUCCCGCCCCUCAGCUGGAACUACUGACCCAGAGGAAGCCUCACGUCUCCUGGCUGAAAAGAGGCGAGAGGCCCGACUACAGCGGGAGAAAGAGGAGCAAGAGCGAUUACAGAGGGAGGAGGCCGAAAGGCGGAGCCGUGAAGAACUUGAGCGCAGGAGGGCAGAGGAGCGGGCACGACAGCAGGCUGAGGCUCAGCGUCUCAUAGAGGAGAAGAGGAGAAGGGAGCAAGAAGAGCAGCGACGAGCUGAGGAAGAGAGAGCUCAGGCUAUGAGGGAAGCUGCCCUCUUGCAGAAACAGAGAGAGGAGGAACUAGCCAAAGAGCAAGCACGAGCAGAGCAGUUGAAACAAGAGCGGGAAAUGCUCGCACAGAAAGAGGAGGCAGAGCGCCAAGCAAGGAAAAAGCGACUUGAGGAGAUCAUGCGGAGAACCAGAAGGACUGAUUCUCCAGAUAUGAAAUCUGUUCCAGUGAGGAUCAUGUCAAAUGAAGCCCAACCAAAGGAAAACACACAGCCUGUGCACAAUGGAACGAUAGAAGAUACAGCCAAGGUGCCAGUGGGAAAUAAAACCACACAGCUGGGGCUGAACAGUCAGGAGGAUAUGCUACCUGUUGUGGCCUUCAAAGAACGCAGGUCUCUUAGAACUCUCACUGGCCUGGAGGAAAUCCAGACCCACCAACGUGCAGAGGUCAUCUGAAUGCCUGCAGGAUGACUUUCAAAGCCUUUGUUGGAGACCGGUGAAACACAAGAAUUACUGCUGCACAGCUAUUUUGCUCCCCUUCGGCACUUUGAAGAGCAUGUAAAAUUAUAGCCUUGCCUCCCAAUGAGGAUGUCAGCAUUUGGUCACUUUUCUGUGUGUAACCAGUGGCACAAGCAUAAAGCGAAUCGCAUAUGAGCUUUUUCAGUACAGCAGUUUUCUGAUCUAAUAACUAUCCAAAAAGCAGUAGAUGUAGACUGUGCUGGCAAACGCAGUGUAUCAGUUAAGGAGAGUGUUGCCUCUGUUGAAAUAUUAGGAAUAGGAACUCUAAACAGUCACAAUAUGCCGUAUGCUUUUUGCUUAUUCCUGAUAUUUCUUGCCACCCUUGCACUUUUCUUCCUCGGUUUUGUCACUGUGGAGUUAGAAUAGCAUAAGUGGCAGUUUGCUCUGAGAAUACAAGAGUUUAAUGUGUUAGCAAAAGAUGACUUCCUGCAUUCCCACUGUACCUUAACCUUGGAUUUUGUAAAGUAUAGCAAUCAUGUAAUUCAAAGCUGCUAAGGAAUAUAGUUUCCAAAGACUGUGCUUCAUUUUUCUUGUGAGUGUGUGUAUUUGUGCCAAUUUAGAGGAUACAAUGCACAGUGUGUUUUUUUUGCACUGACUGCUUUGUUUGAUAUUGCAUAAUCACUUUACAAGCAAGGUCUGAUGCAUAGAGUUUAAGCGUUUAUUCAUAUAAAAGCAUAAAACAAAACCAGAUGUAUCUGAGCCGCAAUAUUUGAUCUUAUAGUUCAAGUACUGCUUAUGACUAUCACGUUAGCCAAUUAU